GAAGCGGGAUGAGGAGCUGCCGCCUCUGCACGUUCGACGCGGCCCGGGGCCCGCGGCGGCUCAUGCGCGUGGGGCUGGCGCUGCUGCUGCUGGGCCACCUGAACCUGCUGCUGGGCGCCGUGCUGCACGGGACGGUCCUGCGGCACGUGGCCGACCCCCGCGGCGCCGUCACGGCCGAGUACGCCACCGCCAACGUCAUCUCCGUGGGCUCGGGGCUGCUGAGCGCGUCCGUGGGGCUCGUGGCCCUCCUGGCGUCCCGGAACCUCCGCCGCGCGCCGCUGCACUGGGCCCUGCUGGGCGUGGCGCUGGCCAACCUGCUGCUGUCGGCCGCCUGCUCCCUGGGCCUCCUGCUCGCCGUGGCCCUCACCGUGGCCAACGGAGGCCGCCGGCUCGUCGCCGACUGCCACUCGGGCGCACCGAGCCCCGGGCUGCCGGCCCCGGGCCCCGCGCGGGCCGACUGCCCUUUCGACCCCACGCGCAUCUACGACACGGCCAUGGCCCUCUGGAUCCCCUCCCUGCUCAUGUCGGCCGCCGAGGCGGCAUUGUCCGGCUACUGCUGCGUGGCGGCCCUCACUCUCCGCGGGGUUGGGCCCUGCCGGCAGGAAGCGCUGCAGGGCCAGGUAAGGGGGACCAGGGGGCUGGAGCCGCCCAACUGGAGACAGCAGGAGGACGCGCAGCUCCUGGAUCAACCUCGAGAAACCCAGCCGGUGCAGAAAAACUGGGCUUAGCACAGGGUAGGAAGCGCCGUGCACAGAUCCGGCCUUCCCAGCCCGGUCCUCUCCUCGUCAGGCAGGUGCUGAACCGAGGCUCCUUCCACGGGCGGGGGUCUCCUCUUACCCUCAGGAUGACACAGAUGAUUGUAAUAAAGAUCUUUUUUUU